AUGCCAUCAUUAGCUGAUCUCAUCCGUAGUAAUGAUGUUGUAUGGAAGGACAAUCGUGUUGUGUACAAGUACCGCAGAAUUAUUCGUGACAUUAUUGAGCUAUUUGCCGAAUUCAUGCUCUACGAUCAAUAUUGCCAUUGGGAUAUUCGACACAUAAAUAUCGUUGAUGAUCGAGUUCGGAAGGAUAGUAUUUUAAAUCCUGAUAGUGGACCUAUCAUGAGAAGAAAGUGUAAGACGCAAUUCAUAUCCAUGGUUCGAGACAUACUUGGGAAUGAUAACAAUAAAAGGGAGCUAAACCACUUUUAUAAAAUGGCUAACCAUGGACUUCAACAUGUGCCAAAAUGGAAAGAGGACUACACUACAUCCUACUCGAGGUUUAUUAAUAUCAGGGAAAACUUGGACAAAUCCAAUUAUUCUUGGGCUUUUCAGGAAAUUUACGAGGACAAAACGUAUGGACAUGUUAAUUAUGGAGAUGAUGUCGUGGGAUUGCUUGCUUACUCAAACUACGUAAUCAAUCAUAUCGGUGAAAAGUUGGCAUUGAAAACACAUGAAGUAGAAGAAGAGCUUACUUCAAUGUUUCCUGAACGACUCACAGAUUUAUAUGAUUUCUUUGUUAAGAAAAGCAUUAGCAUGCGGUUCUUAGCGAGGUAA